UUCAGUCACGCAGCUUUGCUCAGAUUUGAGAUGAAGCGAGGGGCAUGUUUUUUUCCCGGUCGCAGCUCGCAUCAGUAAUUUAAAGAAUUUAAAAAAAGAGCGUGCUUGGCAUCGAUGCCAUUUCGUUGUCUGCGUAAACAUUUCGGGAUGUAUCCUGGACAAACAGCCAUUUGAGCGCGUUAUUUUUGGAUGAUCUGGAUUGCUUUCUGCCGCACCUCGUCGAGACGAGUAGCGCACGAUAUCCGAUAAAAUUAAGAGUUUCCCUCGGGACAUUUCAUGUUUUUCCACACGUCCGUUUACAAAAAUAUUUAGCAUAUAUAGGAUUAAUUGUGGCAGAAUUGGAUAAAGGGCUAUUCAUGGUUUGUACUAAUUGAGAUCACAGCUGGCGAUACAUUGCGAUGCUUAUCAUCCAAUAGCAAUGAUGCGAUGGCGUGAGAGCAGUGAAAUAGCUCAGUGAGGUGAUGGACAAUGUCCAGUCCAGCGGGCACAAGACAGCUGCGCUCCUGGUCCUGAAUGCAGCGGAGAGAGACACCUAACCUGGUGUCACCGUCUGCGCCGGAUGCUGCGCCGAAGAAUGGGAUACUCCGACCCAUCGUCGGGUAAAGAUAUACUCGGCAAUCGAUCUCUUUGUUUCAUAUUUAUUUGCGCAUUUGGACUUGUCACACUAUUGCAACAGAUUCUAUAUGGGAAGAACUACAUUAAGAGUGCGCAACAGUUUAGCCGACUCAAAGGGGACGAGACAGGAAAUUGGACCGGUCCCGUUAAUUUCUCGGAUGACGGAUCUCUGAAGCCUGCCAGAAAUGGAAGGAAAAGGUAUCUGGACAAUUAUGAUGGCUCCUUUGACUACAACUCCACUGCAUGCAGGGAGCUCAGACAGGAGAUUAUGGACAUCAAAGUCCUGACAAUAAACAUGGUUAAUCGGAAAAAACAUGGACAUGGGUAUCCUUCCUCAUUCCACAAGUCUCUCUGCCUGUCUGCCAGGGUGAAAACCUCAGACCUGUUUGAGAGAUGGCGAAACCUGCAGGUGUGUAGGUGGGAGCAGAACAAGGAGGAGGCCAGCAACUUUAAGAUGUCUCUAUCUCGCUGCUGUAAUGCUCCUUCCUUUUUGUUCACCACCAAGAGGAACACUCCUGCAGGGACCAAGCUGAGGUAUGAGGUGGACACUAGUGGUAUUCUUCCAAUCACCACCGAGGUCUUCAAGAUGUUCCCUGAUGAUAUGCCGUAUUCCAAAUCACAGUACAAGAAAUGUGCUGUUAUUGGAAAUGGCGGCAUCAUCAAGAACAGCAAAUGUGGAAAGGAAAUUGACUCAGCAGAUUUUGUGUUUAGGUGCAACAUACCACCUAUUAAUGAGAAGUACUCAGCUGAUGUUGGCACUAAAACAGAUCUGGUGACAAUAAAUCCAAGUAUUAUUACUGAGAGAUUUCAGAAGCUGGAGAAAUGGCGGCGGCCGUUUUAUGAAGUCCUCCAGAAUUACGAGAACUCCUCAGUGGUGCUUCCAGCUUUCUACAACACCCGCAACACCGAUGUAUCCUUCAGAGUCAAGUACAUGCUGGAUGACUUUGACUCCCAGAGAGGCGUGUUCUUCUUCCACCCACAGUAUCUGCUCAACGUGCAGCGUUUCUGGGCUGUUCAGGGCGUCCGGGCCAAACGUCUCAGCAGCGGCCUGAUGCUCGUGACCGCUGCCUUAGAGAUGUGCGAGGAGGUCCACCUCUACGGUUUCUGGGCAUUUCCCAUGAACCCCUCUGGCAUCUUCAUCACUCACCAUUACUACGACAACGUCAAGCCACGGCCGGGCUUCCACGCAAUGCCCCAUGAAAUUUUCAACUUCAUUCACAUGCAUACUCGCGGGAUCAUCAACGUACACACGGGGCAAUGCACAUGAUCCCUCACUCCUCUGCUUUAAUGUGGAAGCUCAACAUUUUACUUUUACUGUUUAUUUUAAAGCAGGUUUACCUGUCGUCUUUCAUUUCAGUGAAUGACACAGUUCACUAUUUCCUCCGUUUAAAAAGAGAGUUGGCCUUCGGAGUGUACACUUCUUCAACUACUUGUUGAAGGUUGCUUGCUUUAAUUGCCAACACACUUUUUGAUGCGUACUUUAAGUUGUUUAUUUAGCCAAUCAAAUCACUAUGGUUAUCUUUGACUCUGACCAUAGGAUGCUUGUUUUUAAUGUGAAAAGUGGUCUUCAUAGUGAUGUUGUUUCUGUGAAGUUUUCUAGUGGCUCUGCAGUACAGAGGUGUUGUUUUCUACUCAACGUUGCACAGGUAUUUAUGCUGAAACGAGGCCGCAGUGGGUGUCUUGGUGCCCCCUCAUUCCCCCCUCUCUUCUUCUCUCUUUCUCUUGGACACUCUGUGGGUGUGGCAGCUUUUAAUGUUUGUGUAAAACAAAGUCUGAACCUUGAUAUUAAGCUAAUAUUAAAAAAAAAAAAUGAAAAAAGGAUAAAAUUGUAACAUCCAGUUGUCUACUUUUGUAAACUAUUUCCUAUUCACCAGAUUCGCUGGGUGAAUAUUUUAAAACACUAUUAAAAUGGCCUGUUUUCGGUGGCCUACUUUCUCCCAUUUAAAAUUUCCUGGUAAAAAAAAAAAAAGGUGUAUGAGAAGAAGUGAGGAUGUUUUUUUUCCCUUUUCUUUUUUGGCUCGUCACGGAUAAAUAUUUUGCAAUGACACCACCUCAGCACACCUUUCAAGGCCAUCCAAUUUGUAAAGCAACAGAGCACUGUUGAGCAACCCAGCCUCUCGCCAUCAUUCAUGUCUUAAGCCAUGCUGCCUUACGAGAUAUCAAACCCUUCUAUAUGAUAUGCAGUGCACCCAUGUGUUUUGUGUAUCUUCAAACACAUUAACAUCAAACUAAAUCUUAGAUUGAUCACUCGAAUCAAAGACGUUUAAGACUCUAUAAGGUACAGACGUUCAUGUGCAGUUCUCAGCUUCUAUUCUACUGGAAUUAGUGAAGUCUUAUUCUUGUAAACGCCAUUCAUAAUCAUGUAAUGCUCUGCAUGACUUUACUCUGUACUUGGCUUUAUGUGUGCCUGCUUCAAUGAUCACUAAAAUAUGUUUACACUUAAGCCUCUACUGAAACUCAGUGCUUUUGGAGAUAUAUACACGAACCUUAUCACAGAAUGAUGAAUGGAUUCGUAGAAGUGAACUGUAUAAUAGUGAAUGCAGUGCUCAUUGAUUAAAGAUGCAAGAAUGAAGAUGGUUGCUGCCCUUUUGUAAAGCGCUACAAUACUUUUAUGAACAAUGUAUUAUUUUCCCUUCCCUUUUGAUCUGUGAAUAUUUAGUUUGCACUCAAGAAAGCAUCGUGAAUUAAAGCACUGGAAAGCUGUGUGCGUUCUCACUGUUUAUUUGUAGUUGUACAUCGCAAAAGGUUGUAAAAGACUGUAAAUUAAUUUUUCGUCACUCAUCUGUCCAUGCUUGGCUGUGCAUUCGUCAUUUGUUUUUCCUUUGUAUUUCAAGAACAACAUUGCUAAUAAGAUUCAAACAUGCCGUUUCUUUCACUGUUUAUAUAGACUCUUUGUGUGUUUGUGCACAAAAGAUAUGAGUUCACCAAAUAUAAACACCAAAAAUAUUUGGCUUGACCACUAAAUUGUUGUACAGACACAACUUUAUCAGGAAUGGAAAAGGAAGGAACUGGUCUGUGUUCUGAAUGGAGGUAUUAUAUAAAACACAGUGCUUCUUUACUGACUCUGGAUCAUUCUUUAUACUGGUAUUGUGUUUGUAAAUAAACUUGUUUGGAUUUUCUCA